ACACUGCGGAAAAGUUGUUCACAGUGACUCUCUACAGUUACCAGAUGCUCUCCCAAAGCAAGAAAAAAAGAUUAGAAGUUAAAACAAAGACAAUAAGGUCUGGGAAGAAAUAGCAUAAACAAAGAAUGGGGAAAACAUUCAGCCACUGUUAAUAUUUGAUUAUCUCCUCUGGAAGGGGAAAGGACUCUCUCCCCAGUAGAGCAGGAGCGGAGGGGCGGAACGAUUGUGCGGCAGUUUGUGUUCUGGAGAGAACAAAUUGCGGACGGCUCGGCAGCAGCAACAAGAAGCCAGGCAGUUAGUGAGACAGAGCGAGCUGAGAACAUUCCUUCUGAUGGCGGAGCUGGAAAAGCUGGCAGAUGAUCUCCUUGCUCAGCCCUGGAGCUCCGUACACAUUGGUGAUUCUCCCUUUCUGCUGAAGGCCACUUUUGGUGAAGUGACCUACAGGCUGAUGCUCUCUGAUCUCAACAGUGUCUGGUGGGAAGAAGUAAAUUCGGAUGAACUCAAACAAAGAGCACAGGAACUGAACAAGCGACUAAGGGCACCAGUCUCCGCCUUCUGCCGCCACCUCUCUGGGUUGCUGGAGCCUAUUCUACAAACGGAGGGCACUAAAUUGCUUCCUGGCUUCACGAGUGAACAAACCUGCAAUCAGCUCACUGUCAGUUUGAGGAGUGAGCUCUCUGGAGUCCCUUUCUACUGGGCAUUCCGCUGCACUGAAGCUCCUCUAAGCAUGGUAUCCCGCCAUAUGGUCUGCCCCCUGCUGAACAUGAUGCAGGCACUGCACAGGCAGACUUGGGACUUAAUGCUGCUCUUGCAGAGAAAAGAUGCAGAGAUUCUCGACUACAAGGAGAGUGGUGCAAUGCUUAGUAGAGAUCGCUUGUCAACGGAGAUUUUCAAUGCAGAAGAGUUUAAGGAAAGGUUUCUUACAGAGAGUCUGUCCGAGGCCAUUGAUGUGCACAAUGGAAGGAUGUUUAACCCUGAGCUUCAACGUCUCUACAGAACAAUAAUAGCAGUCAAAGCAAAUCGGAAAAGAAGACAUAGUUCUGAGAAAGACGACGGUGGGGAUCCUCAGCCCAGUCUUGCAGAAACACAGGCAGAGGCAGCGAGUGAAGCAAAGGCAGAGAAUAUCACAGCAGCAUCUGCAGAGGACCCAAAGGUUAAAAAGCAGGUGCCUCGAAAACGUCUUCCUCCAGCAGCUCUGAGCAAUUCAAAUCGAAAUACCCUGAAGCAGAAGAAGAAAAAGAAAGGAAUUUUUGGUUGAUUUUUUUUUAAUAAUGGGUAAUGUUUUUAAGCCAGGAAGCAAUUGUGCCCUCUAUCCCAUUUCCUUUUUUAUCUGAAGACUACACUGCGAUGUGACUACUAGCGGCAGCAAUGGAGUUGUAAGUGACCUCGCUCCAAAGACACUCUUUCCCGUUUUACAUCAGAAGUCGAUAUCCAGGGAUUUCCAAGGUUCCAAAUGUAUCGGCAUCUUAAAUUGGGAGUCCAGAAUGUCUCCAUAUUCCACAGGAGCUGGGAGCCUUCCAGAGACCCACAGUGACCUAAGUUAUGGGUCGAACUCUGCCGCUCAAUUCUUCUUUUGGGGGGAGGGGGUUGGGAUUGUUGUAUGACUGUGGUUGCCAUGAUGAUUAUUUCUAAAGUGGCCAGAUGAUUUUGUUUUUAAACUUUCUACAGUAAUAUCUAUGGGGCAACAGAGAUUUAUUUACCUUAAGACAAUGGUGGAAUAGAGCCAGCUGAUCUGAUGAGGGGCUGAGCACUGUGCAGCAUGUCACAUCUUUCCUUUUGAGGUCCAGUGUGACUGCAGCAGGCUAGCUGAACAGCUCAGUUCUUGACAUGAAAUCCAGUUGAAAUGACCCAGAGUCAGUGACACCAUCUCUUUCCUUGCAGUUUUCUGGCUUUGCAAAGCGUAAACAUUGUACCAAAAAAUUACCUGUGAACCCAUAGGCAACAAUGUUAUCAAAUGGAAUUUACUGCAUGUGACUAUUAGACUGUUCCUUGGUCUCUCUCAGUUUUAUAUUUGUUUAUUUAUCAGUUCCUUCUCUGACUACUUUUUAUCUUAAUUUGUUUUCCUGUGUCAUUCACACAGCUCUUUUUAUUUACAUAAAUUUUUAAUCUCAUUUUGAUCUUUUUCCCCUCAUGCUCUGCACCAUUCAUUUCUAAUAAAUUUUUAACACUAUUUUCUCUUCUUUAUAUCCUAUUUCUUUCUUUACCCCUUCACUUUUCUGCCUUGAUGUCCAUCGUGCCUUGCAUCCUCUCCUGGUUUCUCUUAAUGUUUACUGUUAACUCCCUUUUGUUCCACAGUUCAUCGCCCCAGCCCAAACCCCUUUUCCUCAAGAGCAGUGCACCUAAAUUUUUAAGAAUAAGCAGAGGUAUUUCUUUUAACGUUAGUGAUGAACAUUCUUGUUCAGUGCGCAUCAGUGUUGGUAUUUCUUUAAGAGGCUGUACACUGUAGUUUUAAGAAUAAGCACAAGCUACAAAAAUUUUCAUAUUUUAAACAGUAAUAUCUCUCAGUGUUAGCGAUGAAUAUCUGGUCAGUGUGGGUCAGAGUGUAGGUUCUUCUUUCAGAUCUAUCAAUUUGAUGAUUUGGUACUUUACCAACAAUAUAUCAUUACCUUUUAAACUCCCACAGCUUCAGAGGUUGCCGGCACUUUUUAAUUUAAUAACUGCAUAAUUGCUUUUUUUUUGCAUUUGCCAUUUGAUUUUCUCUUUGCCCCUUUCCCUCCCUCCCUUCUUUAUCCAGUUAGACAACAAAAAUUUAUGGUCAGUACUCCAAAGUAAAACUAAAUAGUUGCAAAUUAACAGUGUACCAGCAAUAGUAACUACUUUGUCUAAUUAAUUAAAGGCUCCACGAGCUUGCCAAAUUGAGGACAACAGAUGGUAUGAAUUUGGCAUGCAGCCGCCAUUGGUUUCCUUUGCACAAGGCUGAUUUUAUACUAAAAAAAACACUACGAGCUGAUUGUGGCUUCAAAAAAGCUUGGCUGACGCUCGACUUCAUUCCGUUUUCCUUUUAAAAUUAAAUAACCAUUGCUCCAACCAAAAGUGACUUUUUUUUUAAACAGGGAAUUCCCCCCUCCCCACUUACCACCCCAACUUUCCUCACUCCUUAAGCCUGCCCGUGUGUGUUGUCACGAUGCAGUAAGGUUAAAAUCUUACAGGCUGUUAGGCUGUACAGAGCAAGCGAUGUCCCAUUCCCUCUACAAAGUGACGCAGCCCAUAAAACCCUGCUGUUUGGGUUUCUUGCUAGUACCUCCUUGUUUUUAUAUAUUAGUACAAGCAUUUCUUUUACAUUUUAAAACCGAUAUGAAAAUAAAGCUGUUUAAUGUUACUUCAAAGAACUCUAUUUGGUGUUUAAGUAUGGGUAUUAACUUUUC